CGGAAUUUAAUGCAGAAGUAUCUUAAUGAGAGAGGUGAAUUAACAUUUGACAAGAUUUUCAAUCAGAAAAUUGGUUUUUUGCUUUUUAAAGAUUUUUGUUUAAAUGAAAUUGAUGAAGCUGUCCCUCAGGUGAAGUUUUAUGAAGAGAUCAGAGAAUACGAAAAGCUCGGUUCUGAGGAAGAGCGUCUCCGGAGGAGCCGGCAGAUCUACGACACGUUCAUAAUGAAGGAGCUUCUGUCUUCUUCCCAUGUAUUCUCAAAGCAAGCUGUAGACCAUGUACAAACUCAUCUAGCCAAGAAAAAAGUGCCCUCAAAUCUUUUUCAGCCAUACAUAGAAGAAAUUUGCGAUAGUCUUCGGGGCAACAUAUUUCAAAAAUAUAUUGAAAGUGACAAGUUCACUAGAUAUUGUCAGUGGAAAAAUGUUGAGCUAAAUAUCCAUUUGACCAUGAAUGAUUUCAGUGUACAUAGGAUUAUCGGCCGAGGAGGAUUUGGUGAAGUAUAUGGUUGCAGAAAAGCUGACACUGGAAAAAUGUAUGCGAUGAAAUGCUUGGAUAAAAAGAGGAUCAAGAUGAAACAAGGAGAGACGUUGGCCUUAAAUGAGAGGAUCAUGUUGUCCCUUGUCAGUACGGGGGAUUGCCCUUUCAUUGUGUGUAUGACCUAUGCCUUCCAUACCCCUGACAAGCUGUGCUUCAUCCUGGACUUGAUGAAUGGGGGAGAUUUGCACUAUCACCUCUCCCAGCACGGGGUGUUUUCUGAAAAGGAAAUGAAGUUCUAUGCUGCCGAAAUCAUCCUGGGCUUAGAGCACAUGCACAACCGUUUUGUGGUUUACAGAGAUUUGAAGCCUGCCAAUAUCCUUUUGGAUGAAUAUGGACAUGUGAGGAUAUCAGAUCUUGGGCUUGCCUGCGAUUUUUCCAAAAAGAAACCACAUGCUAGUGUUGGCACCCAUGGCUACAUGGCUCCCGAGGUGCUCCAGAAGGGGACCGCGUACGACAGCAGCGCCGACUGGUUCUCUUUGGGGUGUAUGCUCUUCAAGCUUCUACGAGGUCACAGCCCUUUCAGACAACACAAAACCAAAGACAAGCAUGAGAUCGACCGGAUGACACUUACAGUGAAUGUGGAACUUCCCGAUGCAUUUUCUCCUGAAUUAAAAUCCCUUUUGGAAGGAUUGCUACAAAGAGAUGUCAGCCAGCGACUCGGCUGCCUGGGAAAUGGUGCAGAGGAAGUCAAAAGCCACAUAUUUUUCAGAGGAGUCGACUGGCAGCACGUCUACUUGCAGAAGUAUCCUCCACCGCUGAUCCCUCCCCGGGGUGAGGUAAAUGCUGCAGAUGCUUUUGAUAUCGGCUCAUUUGAUGAAGAGGAUACCAAAGGCAUUAAGCUGCUAGAUUGUGAUCAGGAGCUUUACAAGAACUUCCCUCUGGUAAUCUCCGAACGCUGGCAGCAGGAGGUAGCCGAGACAGUCUACGAGGCCGUGAAUGCAGACACCGAUAAGAUCGAGGCCAGGAAACGAGCCAAAAAUAAGCAGCUCGGCCAUGAGGAAGAUUAUGCUUUAGGGAAGGACUGUACUUUACACGGAUACAUGUUGAAACUGGGAAAUCCAUUUUUGACGCAGUGGCAACGUCGUUAUUUUUACCUCUUUCCAAACAGACUUGAGUGGAGGGGGGAGGGAGAAUCACGGCAAAACCUAGUGACAAUGGAACAGAUUGUAUCAGUGGAAGAAACUCAGAUUAAAGACAAAAAAUGCAUUUUGCUGAGGAUAAAAGGAGGAAAACAAUUGGUCCUACAGUGUGAGAGUGACCCCGAGUAUGUGCAAUGGAAAAAAGAAUUGGUAGAAACCUUUACGGAGGCUCAGAGGUUAUUACGGCGGGCUCCAAAGUUCCUUAACAAACCUCGACCGACUGUCGUGGAGCUUUCGAAGCCUCCACUCAGCCACAGAAACAGCAACGGCCUUUGAUGUGAAGGGACGCUUCUGAGAGACUGUGAGCGCCACAAAGUACUGUGUCCCCACCCCCACACAGGGCGUCGUGUGGAAGAAGAGGGCGCAGAGCUGGGAGUUUGGGCACAGGCACGUUGGCUGGCCUGGAUGGCGGCUGCGAGGACCAGACGAGGAAGCAGAGGAGUUCUCACUGAUGGGAACAAAGUGUUCGCACGCGGUGCGGUGGCCGCUUCUCGCUCUCAUGUCAUUACACCCUGGCGGUGUUGGGAAUCGCCCGUUCUCUUAAACUACUGAAGAAAGGAAGAUUUUGUUUUCUUUGCUACACACUUUAUUUUGGUCGAUACUGAACCUAGAACUUGAAGUGGUUACUACUUAGCCCUUAAAUUUUGACGUUCGAUAUCCAGCCUAUCUCCGGAUCUUCUCGGAAGGAGCCUGGAACCGACAGUGUGCGGUGGUAGAUUACCUUCCAUGUUACCUUAGUGGAUCCGGCCCUGCUGGUGUGAUCUGUCUUUGCUCCAUGCUCCUGGCGAUCAACGACCAACCGUGUGAUUCUCUGAUGCCCUCAGACACGGUCUUCUUUUUGUCCUGGGCUGCAAGGUGGAGAGUCUUUAUGAAAAGCCUGGACUUUGGCCCAUCUCCUUGUUUGUUGUACUCACACACAGUCGCUGCCACUGUUGUCCUUGGGACUUGGGGGUCUAGCCGUAACCAUUGAGGAAGGGGGGAUUAGAGGAGGAGAAUCUAGAGUUCUGUUGUAUCAGUUAGCGAUUUAAGCAAUUUUGGAAUGAAUUUUUGGGAUGGUUGACAGGGAACUUGAAGGCAUUUCUUUUCAAAUUCAGGGCAAGUUGCACUUUUAAAAAACCUUUGAACCUAUUAUGCCCCAGUGGACAUGCUGAGGUAGAGCCACGGCGGGCUUUGGUACGCAUUCUUCAAAGUCGCUCUUCGCCUGUCCUUUUGACGGUUGGAUUUUUCUGCAUUUAAAAAACGAGUGACCUUGCAACACAGUGAUUCUAACUGGUCCCUCCGAAUGUGUGUCCGUGAGAGAUGAUGCCAUGUGACGAAGAAGAAAUCACAUUGCUGUUUGCAUUUUUUUAUAGAAUUACACAAUUUUUAUUAACAGGUGUUAAAAUUAUGAAAAGUGAGUGUCCCAAGUGAGUUUUAAAAUACAUACAUAUAUACAUACACGUCCACUUUCUUUACAUAAUGCCAUUCAUAUGCCCUAAGCAAAUUUAUUCUGUACAGCAGGCUGUAAUAGUCCACAGCGAUGCCGAUGCCGCAGCUCCGAGGGCUGGGCCGGUUCAGGAAUCUUCUUCCUGGUUACUUGUGGCUUAUUUCCUCUCUUCUGAGACGUUCCUUCUGUGCCCCUUUCAUGCACAAAACAAGCUCUCCAUUCUCAGAACUGUUUUUCUUCAUAGCAAAGUGCCAAGUGCCAACAGAUUCCAGAAAUGGUUUAGAAAGUCACCUCUUUUUUGUGUGUGCAAUUGUAUCGUGGCUGUGAAAAGAACUAACAGUUUGAAUAAGCCGACACUCUGCUCUGCCUUCCCUGCCAUCUUCCCUCAAGGUCUACAGGGGUGCCGUGCAUUUAUGUGUGAGCAUUGUGUGAGCCGCAGAAGGGGGUCCCUUUAAUGCAGUGACAGGGCAGAGGCUUAAGGAUGGUUUUCUUGAAAAGCCACCGAGAAAUGGUUUUAGUGUUUGCUGAAAAUAUCCUUACAUUAUUAAAAGAAAUAUGUUUACAUCAGAUGACAGCAUCCUAAGCAAUAUGCUCAACUUUUUAAAAGUGGCAUAUUCCCAGAUACCUUCAUGGAGACUCCAAUUAACCACAGCUGUAACUCCCCUCAUUGUAAUUUGGUCCCCAAGUAGUUUUGUGCAAUACAGACAGUGGUGUUAAAGGCAUUGAGCCCCACCCUGCCUUGAUGAGCGGGCCAGGUGCCAACUCUGUACUUAGAGACUCCCCUGGGUUCUCUCGGGGCCGAUCCUUAGCGAUCUAUGGGUGAUGGUGGCCUUACUGUCCCAGUGUGUCCAGAGAGGGUCAGGGUACCUACAGAACAGAAGCAGCUCCCCAUCCUGGCAGGGGAAUCAGAGGGAUUGAUAGAAUGCCCAAGGAUACCUUCAUUUUUCAAACUCUGAGCUAAAAGGUGGCCUAAAGAGGCCUUUGACUUUGAUGGGAUGGGUCUUAUUUCAAACUCCUGUUAGACACUUCCAAAAUUCACAUGUGGGUUCUAAAACCAUGACCAGGAGGAAUGAGAAGUAGGAGGUAACAAUUAGGAGCCCGUGAUGGUAGCUCUGAAGUCUCACCUGGCGGCCCUUGCUCUGGUCAGUGUCACAGUUGAAGCUGUCCAGAGGUAUUUGUUUGGAAAAUGUUAAACCUUGAGGGAUGAUGGGAAGCAACCCUCUCAUUUUACACACAAGGAAAAUGAGGCCCAGGGGAAUGCAAGGAUUUGUCCCGGUGCAGGAAGUGAGUCAGUGGCCCAGCUUUUUAUCUCAAAUCUGCUCUCUCUUGUUAUCCCACUGCGUGAUCUGGAAUGGGGGAUUUCCAGAAUCAGAAUAGGAAAAAUUGCCUUUAUUAUGUUCCUUGCUGCCCAGGGUGCUAAAUGGGGCAUUCGUUUUCCUGUGCCAUUUUUACCUCUCUACCUUAGACGGGAUUGUUGUGAUCCAGCUAUCACAUCCCUUGACGUUUGUCCCCUCUCCUCACAUCUUUAGGGUUAAAGUUCAGUAAGUGAGCCUGUGAUUUUUAAAAAUUUUGUCUCAAUGCAGAGUAAGUUCCUGAAUUUUAUUUCAUCAGCUCGUAUUUGAUUUUUAAAAUUCAAAUGGUUUAGCAUAGUUAUCUGUGAAGAUAACCUAAAAAACGUCAGGAGCAUAUUUGCAGCAUUUAAAAAUAUUUGACCAAUUACUUCUUUAUUUGCAAAGGAAUAUUUAAAUAUGUCUAAAAAAAUCUAGAUUUUUUUUUCAUAGUUGAUAUAUGAUAAUUUAUGGAAUUUAUUUUUUUAUCAUCGCAUUACUAUUAAUGUAAAUUUUAUUGGUCCAAAAUAUCUUUUUUUUUAAGAUUUUAAACAUUUGUUAACUCAUUUCCUACUGUAAUACUUGGGGUCACAUUUUAUUCAAUGCUUCAGAAUAAUCCUGGCUCAGGAAUCAGAAGCCCCUGCAGGCUUCCAGGUCCACCCCUGAUGCUUCCUCCUCUGUCAGCUUGGGCAAGUCACUUCUCACUGGUGUGGGCCUCAGUUUCCUCACCUGUGAUCUGAGGGGUAGGACUAGACGGGCUCGGAGUUUCUUUCUAGCUCUGCGUCUGUUGUACUAGGACACUUCUGGCGUGGUGAUGGUUUUUCAGCUGAGUUUGCAGAAAUGGGCCAAUUGCCGUGAGAUGACAAAGAAAUUAUGUAACACGGAUGUAAUCUGCAUUGUAGUGGCAACGUCUGUGCAGGUGUUGAGGUCUCAAUGAUUGAGGCAUACUGUGUGUAGGGAGGAAAAAUCAAAAUUUUAUCCCUGUUCAGGUCAGGUUGGCAGCCUUCAGCUUCAGUUUGAGAUAUGCUGACCACACUUGGAGAGAGCCCCACCGGGCCUCUGUCAAAUGUGCCUUAGCCAAGGUUUGGAAACUUCCCCCGUGGGCGUGACGAUCUGCCAAAGGGUUCGAGCCUUCACCUUAAGUAACAUGUAACAUUCCAUUGGGUGCAAAUCCUGACACGCCAUGGAAAAGGCGAUUUUCUGGGUUUGCCAAAUAAGCACACUUCCGUAUCAAAAUCAUGCUGAAAUAUAACCCUUGUCUCAGCCCUUGUGGCCCAGACCGUCCACCCCAGGCUGCUGCUUUGGCCUCCAUGUGGCCACCUUAUCACUAAGCUCCGUGCUGCAAUUGUUAAUGGGGCUGGACCAACCUAAAAGGUCGCAGUGUGUGUAUGUGUGUGUAUCUUCCCACUAAUUCCCCUCCUCUCUGGAGGGCUGAUUAUGCCAGACCUGCCUGUCUUUAUAAUGGGUUGUUUCUAAUGUAUGUCAGCAUUUUUAUGUGCCAGGUAGGAAGAAAAGUCUCCAAGUUCAGCCUUUUUCAUGAAGACACUGUGUAAAUCUGUAUAGAAAUUUAUCACGUGAGAGGCGUAAAAUAAGCCGUGUCUGCAUUUGUGAUGAUCUGUGUAUAGUCACAGUUAUGUUCAGGGAACUGUGUUAUGUGUCCUACGUGCUGCUCUUAGUAACAAAGCCACCGCCUUUCUUCCUGGUCCCCGUGGUGCAUGUGGGACCGAAUCGGUUGUGGAGGCUUUGCCACUAUCUUAUAAUAGUUUAGGGGUGGGGGUUGGAGAGGAAUCGUGGUUUGUAGAAAUGGGGGCAAGGAAGAGACUUCAUUUAUAAGUGAAAAUAAAUCCCCUUACAUAUCAAAGCACAAAAAUAAAUAUUUGAAAAUAA